CAACGACAAUGGCUCCUUGGCCAAGUCUUCACAACCCGAAGCAGCGGCAGAGGGAAAAGAUAGUAUUGCUCCUGUUGUCAAUCUCGUUGGGUAAAUCGCUCGACUGGGUACUGACUUAUCCAUACGUUUAAAUUUCUAGCUAGACGUGGCAAAAGGCUUGGAGCUGGCAAUACGAUUGAUUAUUUUCUGAAGGGCGUUGAGCAAGAGGAAAGUGUUUCUCAUCAUCACCAUCAUCAAGCAAGAUCAUGUCACUGCCCAGCAAGGACGACAUUCGUUCUGCGUUUGUAGCUGGCAAAAUUCCCGUGGGACGUCAGCUGCUAUGGCAAGCCCUGCAAGUUGGUGUAACGUCUGAAGAAAGCUCUACUUCCGUGGCCAACACACUGUCCGAGCUGCUCUUCCAGAAGCCCACAGAUGAUAAUGAUCCCGACCUAGAGGAGCACUUGGUCGACGCCUUUUGGUUGGCGAGCAGCUCGAUAGUGGACGAAGAAGAAAAGAAGGACGCCGUCAAAGGAGGAGAAGAAAAGGGAGCUGUCAAUGGAGGGAACGCCGUUGCUGGGCCCAGCAGCCGAGAUUCUCUGGCCAAGAUUCUCAAAUCCAUUUUGAGUUCAUCAGAAGAGGGAGAAGACGCUGCUAUUGUGAGCAAGAAGAACUCCCUGAAGAUCCACUUACAGAGCCACUUGGACCCCGUCCUACUGGAAAAGUCGGGUCUGGUCAAUUCGGAGAAGGAUCUCAUGAAGAAGUUGAGAAUGCUCAACACUAGGAACUAUCGACAACACAAGUUCAAUCUGUUACAAGAAGAAAGCGAAGGCUUCUCCAAGGUGCUGGAAGCCCUCGUCAAACACGAUUUCUCCGCGCUCAAAGGAAUCAUUGGCACGUUUCAUGUCGACCCCAAUCGGAUCUUGGAUCUGGCACUGGACGUGGUUAUCGAAGAGACCAACUCACACAAAAAGAAGGAACCCAUGGAACUGGGGUGGCUCAAGGAGGUCUCGAUUGAUAAAAUACCCGCGCUCAUGGCCUUCAAGCUAAAACACACCGCCGCCGAUCCCAACCAGACCCAACGGAUAUUGCAGACGAUCGCUUCUCUCUGCAUUCGAGAGCCUGGGAUUCUCCCGGUGGCGAAAAUGUCGCUCUACCUAGAACCCAUCACAACCCCGUUGGGCCAAACAUUCCCUCUGUUUUCGCAAAUUGAACGAAAACGCGUGAGGAGCGUGGGAAAGGUGAGCCUAGGAGGAUCCUCAGCUUCCAAGAAGAAAGAAGAGGAACGAGAUGCCCAGAAUCAGGCCAAGCUCGCAGACCUAUUGAAACAAUUGGAGCAAACGCAUCGGAUACAACUAUUAAACAUGCUGCUGAAAGAGCGACAAUGGAAGUUGGUACAAGUUCUGUUUCCGAAUCGGGAUGAACUGAAGCAGAUUUUGACACUCUAUCAACCACUGGGAUCAGCCGUCUGCGACUGGAUCCACGCAGAACUGAUUCCGCUAUGCGACAAGUAUUGCCAAAAACCUCCAUCCGACUUGGUGAAGCCUUUGUCGACGACGCUACCCGCCAAGAAGAAAGAGGAAUCGACAACAACAUCAACGAAGGAUGGUAAUAGCGACGAGGAAGCCACAGCGGAAAGUGUGGUAGAAAAAGUGUCCGGGCCCUUGCUGUGUAUUCUGGACUCGGGGUGCAUUGUGGCCCGACCAACCUUGUACUGUCAAUUAUGUCGAUUAUUGCGCGCGUUGCUGACACGAGAUGGAUCAUCAGAAGAGGGAAAUCUGUCGCCGUCAACAACUUUGUAUUCCUUCAUUGAGUCCUUUCUAUUACCUUCGCUCUCACUUUUCCCAGCCAGCCCAUCCCUCUCUCUGGAGGUUUGGUCCAUUCUGAAGCUUUUCCCAUACACAACACGGUAUCAACUAUAUCGAGAUUGGCGUGGAGUCGGACUGGAAAAGGCCGGCCUGCAGCUAUUCGGUGACAAGAAGAAACCGUUAGUACUCGUAGAGAGUGAAAUGCAUGCUGGCAAAGAUGCUCGAUACGUUUUGAAGCGGCUGUCAAAAGAUACCAUUCGGGAAGCUUGUCGACAAAUCGGAAAAGUAACCCACUCCAGCCCGCUGGUAAUGUUCACAACUGUUCUGAAUCAAAUCGAAUCCUACGACAACCUGGUGACCGUAAUGGUCGACGCACUACAAUUUGUUACACCCUUGGGACUCGACGUUUUGGGAUUCUGCAUGCUCAGUCGACUCUGCGGAAGUGCAAACAACGAGGGAGAUCGAAGCCGCUCGAAAGAGGGCGGGAUCAACGUUGCCUUGUGGUUACAAUCGAUGGAAUCCUUCAUUGGAUCGUUUUAUGAGAGGUAUCCGUUUGUGGAGUUUCGAGGGAUUGUAUGUUACGUUAUGCGGCGACUGAAAAGUGGGCAUGUCACAGAGUUGGGGGUGCUCAGAAGCCUACUAAAGACAACAGGGGGGUGGAGCUUUGCUGACUAUUCGCCAGCGGCAUCAUUGUCUUUGGCACAGCUGGAGGGACGAGCGGGAUCAACACUCUUGAAGAGAGAAACCAUGACCUUUGGUGUCGUCGACAAGUUUAAUCUACGUGCAAGUCGGCAGCUACGAUUUGUGCUUCAAAGCGAGGAUAUCGGCGUUUCCUUGCUGAUCUUGUUGGCACAAGUGAGAUCGAAGAUUGUUUUUGAAGACGGAGGUGGUCGCCCCAAACCAGUCAAGCUGAUUGGGAGUCUGUUCGAUACUACCCAAGUAGUGAUAACUACAUUGUUGGACUUUAUGACCAAGUCAUCUGAAUUGGCGCAGCCUUUGGGCGGGAGCAAGAAAAGCGACGGGGAGAACGGGAAAGAGAAGACGACAACAGAAAAAAUGCCUUCGGAUGAGAUCAUGCAAUUUGCGACGUCUUUGCCCAAGUUGACCGAGUUAGUCAAAGUCUACGGAAUUGACAUGGCUACUGCUUGGAUGUUGUGCAGGCCACUCGUGCGAGCUGCUGAAAAGGACGAGUAUGCCAAUGCGACCGAUACAAGCGCUGUGCUAUCCUUUGCAAUGACGGAGGAAACCAGAGAAUCAUACAAGUCUUUGGUGCACAAGGAAAGUACCUGGGACAAUAUCAGCCAGGACUUCUUUGAGAUUUUCUUUGUUCACACACUGUACGACCUGUUGUGCCCUGAAAACAUCUACAACGCUGAAAUCACCCGCGUGACUAGAGAGAUCGAGCGUCUCAGCCAAAGAAAGAACCAAGUCGGUGGCGGUAUUUCUCUGCAACCUGGCAGUGUUGGAGGUGGAAGGCAGGAGAACCCAAUGGAAGAAAUCGAACGACUGAAGAACGUAUCAUCAACACUUUCAUCACAGAUCAGUGAACAAAAGGAGAGAGUCGCCCUGAUCCAGGAAAAGAUGAAGGGUGCCGCCGCAGGCUUCUUCCCAAAGAAAGACGUCUCUGUUUCUGCAGUGAACACGUUCCUGUCGCAAUGUAUUUUCCCGCGUUCUAUGCAAGGCCCUGACGAUGCCAUGUAUUGUGCUCAGUUCGUCUCUCUGCUGCACAAAGGUGAAACGCCUGGAUUCAGCACGCUUCACUAUUUGGACGAGCUUGUUUCCGUGCUGUCAAGCUCCCUCUUUGGGGUGACCGAAGGGGAAGCGGCUAACCUCUCAAUUUUGCUUCUAGAAACUUGGAAAAUGGUUUGCCGAUGGCGGUACGACGAGAAGGCCUUUGAAGACGAAGUAGCUGGAAAGCCUGGGUCCUACAUGGUAGACCCAGUUGAGGAAGGCGGAACCACAAGCGAAGGAAAUCUCUAUCCAGUCACAUUCGAACAGUACCGGUUGCGGUUUGAGAGAUGGCACAUGGCCAUUGGCGCAGCGGCGCUAGGAUGCCUGCAAUCAUCGGAGUACAUGCACACCAGGGCUUCUCUGAUAGUUUUGUCUCGGAUUGUGGAGGUAUUCCCAACUCGCCCGAACUUGGGGAAUAAGCUGUUCGAGGUUCUAGAACCUCUAAAGUCGGAUGGGAACAGUGCUUUGCCAGAUAUUCGGUCUGCGGCGCAGGCCUACUUCAUGCAAUUGACAAAAGCCCGAGCUGACGGUGUCUGGAAGGAGGAAGAUGCAGCCAUGGUACAAGCUCGUGUCAAAGCCGAGAAGGCAGCGCAGGAGCUCCGCAAGAGGAAAGCACAAGAGCUUUUUGAUGACAUGAAAAUGGAGAGUGAGAAGAUCAACGCGGAAAUUGGGGGCGACGAUCGUCGCGACCGCUUUGGUGGAAGAGACCGUCGCGGCCGCCCUUCCGAUUCUCGAGAUUAUGGGCGUGGGGGCUCAGGGCCUGAUGGCCGACGUUCCCCCGCUUUGAACGCAAACGCACCAAACUUUGAGCCGCCCCCGAGAAGAACAGGAACUGGGGAGGUGCCAGCACGUGACAGAGGUGGCGACCGUCGAAGUGGAGGUACAUCGCGCGAGGCGGAUCGUCGCAGAGAUGGCGACACGAGAGGCGGACGCGACAGUGCACCGCUUCUGGGAAGCCUGGGGCGAGCCGAGACCCACUCGGCUCCGGCUCGGGGUCCGGCUGCAGAUUCCGCCGGUAGACGCAACGAUGAGGAGGAACCUCGAGGGUUGGAGGGAAGAUGGGAGGGGUCUCGAAAUCCCGGAGGAGGGGGCCGAAGCAGAGCCAAACGAGGCCGUUCACCGUCUCCAGAUGGUGAUCGCGGCGAGAGCAGAGGUGGUCGUAGCGAUCGCCAACCCUCAAAGAGAUCUAGAACUGAAUCUGGUGUUGACGGGCACAGAUCGCCAGACCAUGGCCGCAGCGGAGGUGGGGGGAGGCGAAGGCGGUAAAAUGCUUUGGCCUGUCUGUGCCCAGCUUGUGCUCGGCUGCUACCGGUAUUCUUGCUGCUGGAUCACCUUGUACCGUCAUAACCCAGUUGCUAAUAAUGUUUUUAGUUGUGCCACCACUCGCUCCUGCUGGUACGUCGCCCU